UACAGCUUAGUCCAAAGCCGACGCUAGCGGACAAGGCGUAUUUAACGCAAAAGUUUAGAAACACGGAUUCGUUGUCUCAAGUGGAAAUAAGAGGGGCUGUUUGUAACAACUUGAACGGCUGUCUGAGUUACGGAUCAUGGCUAGUCGUAGUAGGAGUAAUAUGUAGAGUUUUGGGCGUUAUAUUAAAGCUUCACUUCUGCGGAGCCCAACUCGGUGUCUUCUCACGGAUCAAGAUGGCAGCAGCGCCACUGCAGGACCGGACUAUGGUGUGGAUCCACAUCGCUAACGUGUUCAACAACGCUUUCCGCUGUUCCAAUUAUUUGACUUACUGAAGGUAUGGCCUCACAAGUCUUGGUCUGCCCGCCACACCUGUGCCCAGCUCAAACAAGUGCCUUAGCAACUAGCAGCAGCGGUACCAGCAAACACACAGACAAACCCCACUGCAGCAACACCACCACCAGCAGAGCCUUUCAGCAACAUCCUCCACCCAAGACAUAUGUGAUUGGAGUCAACUACGGCAUAGCUUAUCCCAACAACGUUGUCCCAUCCUCAGCUGAGGCUAAUCAGGCAACAUCUUACAAGGCGGCAGAGGUGGAAGAGAGGGAGGAGAGCUCUGAAGAUCCAGCUGAGAACCGGGGACAGGAGGGUUUUUGUCAGAGCCGAGGCCCACAGCAAGUGAGGCUUCCUGGGGACAGUGGCGGAACUCCAGUUGGAGAAGGCAGUCUUGACUGUGGGCUGCUAAGAAGGGCCUUGGCUGGAGCAGAGGAAGAGGAGAGAAACAAAAGAGCCCAGGAGUUAGCCAAGGACUUGAACUUGCCAGGCGCUGCCCUGAGAUGCAAAUUGAGGACAGGUGAGGUUAGAGACAGACUGUGGGUGAAAAACUGCAGAGGGGCAAUGCAGAUUGUGGAGGACAUCUCUACCCUGCCUCCACUCCCUCCCCCUGUGGCCAUGUUGCAAACUAUUGCUGGGAACAACGCAAACAUUGUCAGGGUAGGUGCACAAAGAACAGGAGAUGUGGGGCUUGUGCAGCACAAUGGGGCUGGGACUGAGCUCGACACUGGUACUGGGGCAGCAGCAGGUUCUGAGGUGGUGGCUGGAACCACGUUAACCAGAACGGGGUCAGCUGAUGGGGAUUAUCAGUUGGUCCAGCACGAGGUUCUCUCCUCUAUGAAGAACAGCUAUGAGGUCCUUGAAUUCCUCGGGCGCGGUACCUUUGGCCAGGUGGUGAAGUGUUGGAAGAGGGGCACCAACGAGGUGGUCGCUGUGAAAAUACUUAAGAACCAUCCAUCAUAUGCACGCCAGGGACAGAUAGAGGUGGGCAUCUUGGCCCGAUUGAGUGGUGAGAAUGCUGAUGAACACAAUGUGGUGCGGGCUUUGGAGUGUUUCCAACAUCGUAACCACACCUGCCUGGUUUUUGAGAUGCUGGAGCAGAACCUCUACGACUUUCUCAAACAAAAUAAAUUCAGUCCACUGCCGCUCAACAUCAUCAGGCCCAUCCUGCAGCAGGUUGCGACUGCCUUGAAGAAGCUGAAGUCUCUGGGUUUGAUCCAUGCUGACCUGAAGCCUGAGAACAUCAUGCUGAUAGACCCAUCCAGACAGCCCUACAGGGUCAAAGUCAUUGACUUCGGCUCUGCCAGUCAUGUUUCCAAGGCUGUGUGCUCUACCUAUUUGCAGUCUAGAUACUACAGGGCUCCGGAGAUCAUUUUGGGGUUGCCGUUCUGCGAGGCCAUAGACAUGUGGUCACUGGGCUGCGUAAUCGCUGAGCUCUUUCUGGGCUGGCCCCUCUAUCCUGGAGCGCUGGAGUACGACCAGAUCCGGUACAUCUCUCAGACUCAGGGCCCUCCUGGUCAGCAGCUACUUAACAAGGGGAGCAAGACGUCUCGUUUCUUCUGUAAGGAGUCCGAGUACCCCUGUGCCUCCUGGAGAUUAAAGACGACAGAGGAGCAUGAGAAGGAGACGGGGCUGAAAUCCAAAGAGGCCAGAAAGUACAUCUUUAGCUGUCUAGAUGACAUCGCGCAUGUGAACUUGGUGCUGAGUCCUGACAGCAGUGACGUGCAGGCAGAAAAAGCCGACAGGAGGGAGUUUGUUUCUCUGUUGAAGACUAUGCUUUUGAUCGAUGCCGAGCAGAGGACUGUCCCCUCAGAUGUCCUUAGUCACCCCUUCCUUACCAUGACUCAUCUGCUCGACUACCCACACAGCAACCAUGUGCAGUCUUGUUUCCAUGUGAUGGACAUGUGCCACAGUCGACCCACCAGUGCAAUUUAUGAUGCCCUGAACCAGAACACGGUUCAGUUCUCUAGACCCCCUGUGGUCUCCUCUGCUUCCAAUGGCCUUCCCCUGGGCUACGGCAAGAUACCAGUAUAUACUCAGGCUUUGACCCAGUCGGCUCCCUCAGUGUUGCAUCCAGGGAUCGCUCUGCCAGCAGGAAAUGGCCAGUUUGGGUGCAGCGACUCAUUCCCGCCUGCACUUAUACUCUGUCCCCCGACCAUGCAAGCUAAUCUUAACCAGCCAGCAGGAUACUCUGUGCCCAUGGUGACUCAGGCCCCUGCCAUACAGCCGCUACCAAUGAGGCCCGGAGUAAUGGCACAGGCUUGGUCCAGCCGAGGGCAGCAGCUCCUUGUCCCAGCAGCCUGGCAGCAGAUGACUACAAUGGGUCCCCCUCCCUCUCAUCCUCCUCCUCCACCCCCUUCAUCCCUUACCAGUGACUGUGGGGCUGGCCCACAAAGGAUCAGCGACUGGGGGAAUGUGCGUCCUCACAGCAGCCAUUACAGCUCAGUGAUACAGCAGCAGCUCCUGACCAAUCAGAUGCCAGCUCUCUCUGCCCCUCAGCCAAUCAACAUCGGCAUAGCUCACGUUGUUUGGCCCCAGCCAGCCAACAAAAAGAACAGACAUUACAACAAGAACUCCUCCCACCCCAGCAACAGCCAUAUAUCCAUCUGUCGAACGCCAAAGUUGGCUGACAUUGUAGAACAGGCAGUGGCAAAAAGAGAGCAACCUCAGCGGGGGCAGCCUCUUGAAGAAACCAGGAAACAGGAAGUUUCAGAUACAGAUGAGGAGGACAAUGACUCGGAAGAGGAAGGGAGCUGCUUCAAAGAGGGUGUGCUGAAUUCGAAGAGGCGACUGGACUAUUCUACCCAGCAGCAGCGUGAAGUCGCAGUCAUAAUGGGUGACACACCAAGCCCAGCCCCGAGUGUAGUCAGCAUCCACAGUGAACCAACAGAUGGUGAAGAAGAGGCGGAGAAUGAAGAUGGUCAGAGGUGCCAUCUGAGAGGGUGUAACAGGGAGUGUGUUUGUGAGGCUUGCAGAAACACCAGUGUGUCCAUGGAGAGAGUGUGUUCCCUCAGCAGCCCUGACAGCAGCCUCAGUACCGGCUCCUCUGCCUCCAACUCACUGCAGUCCAGCCCCUCUCCCUCGCCAUGCAAGAGACUUAACAGCAUGUCAGAGGAUGAUGGCCACGGGAGCGGCUGCGACACAGUGGAGGGCUCGCCCACCUCAGACACAUCCACCUCCGCCCGUGAGAGCAGCUCGUACCGUUAUCUGAGCAACAAUAACCAUGAAAACCGCCCGAACAUGGCAGCAAGACGGGCUCUGCCUGCAGUGCAGGGCAAGAGUCCGUGCGGCGUCAGGACCAUGGUGGUUCCACCAAUGAGAGUGCAGAACAACAACAACAACGGCAGCGUGGGAACAGAAGAGCGAAUCGCCUUGGUCUCCUGGUCGCAGUCCAAAGGACGCUGCGGCCUUGCAGGGCGACAGAACGCCCCCUCUUCCGUGCCCCUCCUCCCCUCCCUGUCCCGUCAGCAGAGGGUGACGGCGCUCCAGCAGCAGAAGCAGUCUCUGGGCUUCAAACAGGUACAGCCCUACGGUUCCAACAAGGAAUGGAACGGCAACUACGGGCCCCUGCGACCACAUGCCUACAUCCCCCCAAGCGUUCACACGCACACCUUCACACAUCUACAACACAGCAGCCCUACUCACAACUCCUCUGCCCCCCACACACAUACCCAGGGCCUCCCCACACACACCCUGCUGUCCUACCCUCCCACUGGACCCCUCGCCGCCACACACCACCCGCAUCCCAUCCUACCUUCUCACCCUCCCCCUCCCACCCUCCUCCAGGCGGGCUAUGGUCUCUCCCAUCCCCAAGGAGGCACUAUAGUUCACCAGGUGACUCUGGGCAUCAGCACCCACCCCCACCACCCUGGACACCCUCCUCCCCAUCCCCACAGGCUCCUCCCCUCCCCAACCAUCCACCCCCACCACCAGCCAGGCUACCCCCACCACCAGUUCAAGCCUCCUUUCCCCCCACCCCCCCCUCCUCCUCCUCCUCCUCCUCACCCCUACAUGGCCUCACCAGCUGCCUACACAGGCUUCCCCCUCAGCCCUACCAAGGUCCGCCACCACCAUCAGUUCUCCUAUAUCUGAGGAGCAGGGUGGGUUAUCGAAAGCAUCUCAUGACGAGGGAGGGGAACAGGAAAUUGGCUUGGGCGUUGACCUGGGCUGGCAGAAGCACCGGCAAAGCAAAAAAUGGACAUUUGUGACAAUAAAGAUGACACAGAGGAAAUUGCGGUAAUUGAGGAGAGUUGGUGGGGAUUAGAAGGAAAAACUAGCAAUGACGCUGAAACUAGCGUGAAUUUAUGUCGGAUUGAGGAUGAAAAUGAUACUGAAAAUCAAGGCUUUGGUCACCUCAUUUCCGCACACAAUUGAGUUGAGUUAUGAAAGAAAGGUGGACUCCUAAAGACCUCCUGUUGAAAUCAUGUCAGACAAUUGAGUUAAAUGAUGGGUUUAAAUCUACAAAGCUUUAUAAGAAGGUGACAUCACGUACAAGUGAAUGCAUUCACUAGGGUUGAUGAUUGAGAAAUUCGUUUCAUGAUGUGUACCUUCUGCAUUAUUUACUGUCAUGUGUUGCCUCUGCGUUCUGAGCAAGUUGGUCAGAAGCUGGACUUUACUUGGUUCUCUGUUUAGCCUUUGUUUCCCUUUAUCCCUGUUUGCCUUGUAGCGUGUGCUAGCUGGCGAAAUCUGUUUGUGAAGCCAUCCAAGUCUGUAUUAACCAGGACUCGACGUUCCUCUCUGUUCAUUUCAGGCAGGCCCACUACCGCCAACACCUUCUAGUGCCUUAAACACAGAGACAUUACUUCAGGAGUUUAUAGUGUGUAACGCUAGACGGGCUUGCAGCACUUGAAGCCCAGACUGUGUAAAAUGGAAACCAUGGUGUAAAGACCUGAGGAUUGUGCUUUAGGCAAUGUUCUGAUUUCAAAGUUCGGGCGUUGUUUUGUAUUCGAACUCAGUGGAUGAUUUUUAUUUUGGCUGGAGGCUAAACGUCUAGGGCUUAGACUGAAUGAGCUUUUUAUGUACAUACAGAAUGAUUUGAUAUUUUGAUAAUCGAUUUCUAUUCAUUAUAGUACUUAAUUCACAACAGUAUUGUCACUGUUUACUGUACCUGCAAUACAAUCGACAUGGCCUCUGGGUUGCGGUGUUUAGGCGAUGCUUGCGUUAAUGCAUUUGGCGUCUUAGAUGAGUGUACCGGGAGAGGCAUGGACUAAAAGCAAACAUACAAACAGGUAGAUCAGUAUGUUUCAUCCUAAAUAUGCUUUUCAGUGUUUUUAAAUAACCUUUGAACUUAUAGUAUCAUUGCUGGGCUUUUGGAGUAUUAGGGGUGUGAUGUUUGCUCUUAUUUUGUUCUUUUAUUUUCUUGUCGAGUCUGUAGGAGGUAAACUUCUUUGUCCCUAUGGUUUUUGAAGCUGGUUUUUGUCAUUUUUGAUACAUUCCUUCAGGGUGGAUGCAUAGCCUUGUUUUUCUUCUCGUGUUCUUGAUACCCGGUGUUUCAUAAGCUUCCGCGUUGUCUGAACGGACGCCUCCUGUCCCGUCAGCUGGUCUCGUGAUUCCAAUCAGCACCAAAGACUGCUCCGCCUGAUCAGUUCUCCACAGCAUCGGCGCUCCUCACCUUCUACUGGUCACCUCCGGCACGCCGCCGCCGCUGCUGCUGUCAUCCACAUAUCUGAAUAUAUUGUGAGAUAUAUCUAUUUUAAACAUGAGGUUGAGGUUUUAUUUUUCUUAGCUUUGUUUGGCAAAUUGUAUUUUGAAUGUAUAGAAAAUGAGCUGCUAUGUACUGAUUAUCUGCCACUUGUGUAGCUGUGAAUUUAGAGGACUAAUCUGUUCCUACCCUGCAUUCUUACUUUUGUAAUGGAGUUCUGAUGACUAGAUACAGUUGAAGUGGACAAAUUCUGAUGAUAGAGUAUACUGACUGGUGUGUCGAUAUGCUAGUGCCUCUGUACAUUUGCUUUGUUGUUUUGAAGUGAUUGUAAACUGCUGUAAUGGAAGUAUGAGUUUUCCUAUUUUUCAUCCUGUUGCUUUUUGGUGUGUGUGUGUGUGUGUGUGUGUGUGUGUGUAUGUGUGUUUGCAUCAGUAUUUCAUCCUCGAAUGACGUUUGGUUUCAUGCUCGCGUUCAGUAAUUACUGUGUUGUUUUCUUUUGUUUUUUCUAGUUCAGUUUCCGAUGAAGCGGCUUUUUGUCAUUGGACCGUAUUUACAGUUCUCUGUACUGUACUACUAGUGCCUUCUUUAAACGUGUGGUUCGUGUCUCGUUUGUGUGGUUUCAGCUAGACUAGGUCUUUCUACGGGGAUCAGCUCCCAAUACUCGCGUCACUCAGCCCAAAGUCCUACAUUUAUGAGAAGAGAAGCUCUGAAACAGUCUCGCGCUUCUGUAAUAUCCUAAGAAAGAACCAGUCAGGGAAAGUAAGUUGCGCUCUAAACAUCGAGAACAGCGUACACACACACACAUUAACACACACACACACACACACACACACACACACACACACACACACACACGGGGUCUGAACUCAGUAAAAGUGCAAAGCUCUAUUCUACGCUGUGAAUGUAUUCGUGGAACUCGAGUUGUCUUUCGGUUUGCUGAGGUGGCGUAGUAAAUAUUACGUUGUGUCUGUGUUGUGCUCUGAGAGCUCUUGUGUUAUUGGUUGAUAGUUUAACAGUGGGAUAUUUCAUAAUGCUUUAUCAGUUCACAUUUUUAAAGGUCCCAAAGUUGCCCCUUCAUAUACAACAUGUGCUCUGUUGUGUUGUAUUUUAAUGGUUUUGCUCUGUUGGUUGUUGGGCGUGUGCUGUGUGUUUGUCUCAUGUGUUACCGUGUUGACGAUCCCUGCUCUUGCAUGCAACAGUAGCAACAUGGGAGCAUGCACUGUUAGCUUGAAAUACAUUUUAGACUUAUAAUUAUAAUGCAUAGACUAGGCAUGUGUUGGUAUGUCAUGGCACAGUGAUCUUCACUUGACGAAGGUAGAUUUUUAUUAGGAGAACAAAUUGGUUAAUCUUAAUCCUGUGUUAAUUGAUUAGCUUAUGAUUUUCUUUCCGCUAAACACCUGUGAUGAGAUGUGCAUAUAUGUGACCACAGUAAUGUAUUAAACCAUAAUCCCCGGCAUUUUGGGUUGAUGACGUAGGAUCUCGCUAAAAGUAAUCCCGCCUGCCUUAUAUUUAGUUAUGUCAUCGGCGUAUCUGCAGAUAAAGCUGUGCAAGCACACGGUGCCCAGCAGCCUCGUUCAGCUUUCACCUUUAUUUUAUAAAGAACAUUUAAAAACAAGCGCAGUUGACCAAAGUGCUGUACGAUAGAAUAAAUAAAUAACAGAAAAAAAGCAGUACAGAUAACAUCACCAUCGCAUAAGCACACACAAGUAAACAAGUACAGGAACAGGUGGAAAUUUUAAAAAAUAGAAGAGUAAAAAGUGAAACACUAAACACUCGAGGAUUGUCAGAGGCCUGAGAAGACUGUUGUGUAGUAGUGCAGGUCAGAGGAUUUUCAUCAGUGUUGCAGGAAUUAGCCUGCAGCCAUUUACUGAUCUGGUGACGAGGUCCCAGAAUGCAGCAGCACUUCUUUUGGGCUCCCAUGUGAGAAAGUAAACGUUUGGAUGACCUGAGGUCUGAAAACUGGGCUGAAAAGUGACUAGAUGUGUAGCUACAUGGUUCCUUUGGACAGCUGUGGAGUUUGUGUCGCACCGCUUCGGACUUACUGCGUUGACAUUUGAUAAAGCCAGACCCCAUGUAGACACCACUGCUAGAUCCCAGCUGUUACUGUUUUAAACCUGCAGAUUGUGUGGCUUUGAUUUCUUUUUGUUUUUCCUUAAACGCUACACUAUAUUGACAUGUAGCAACUGCACUGUGCAAUAUACAAUAUAAGGACUGGGAAAAUGAUGUGUGUUUGGAUGUAAUAUGUGUCUUAAAAGUUUGCGGUCAUUUCUUUCCCCUUCUAGUUCUCAGUGAGUUUCAAUGUGACCAAGUCGUUUGUACUUUGUCACAAAAAGCGGGUUCCUUCAUGGUGGCUCUUAUUGGUGAGUGUCAAAUUAUGACUUGAUGGUGUACUAUGUAAAGAUUCACUUUGAAUUAAAAAAAAAAGGAUCUUUUG